AUGCCUGUAUUGGUCGCAACCUGCAUGGAUACAGCGCAGCAUGGCUGUGCUCAGCGAAUGACAAGCAAUCCUUCUGACAACUGGUCGGUUGAGCGUGAACCGGAAGAGGCAGUGCCCCGUUAUAUGGUCGCUAACAGAAAUAUAUACUGCGAUUCACGCCAGCGUACAGUCCGAUCAAACGAGCUUGCUCGAAAGAUGGCAGGUGGAGAGGAGAUCGAGCUUCGCAAGCCGGGGGCUUCGGUGACCAUUACUGAAGGCCUGCUGCCAUUGUGGCGUGGCAAUACUUACCAAAAUGCUUCCAACACCGAGAUAGUCAUGGACGCGUACCUACCGUAUCAGAGAAAGCAGUGCUAUUACGCGUGGUCUGAUUGCGGUCGCCAGUUGGCGGCUCGAACAGACCGCGACAUCCUUGAGAUUGCAGACGACGUCGCGAAAGGACUGCCGAAAGAAAGCAUCCGAAAGCGGCUAGGUCUGAGGCUUGCAAACCAAAAGGUUGGAGACAAGAGCGAACUGCUCGACGCAUCAAUCGACCUUUCUGCCCGGCUCCUGACGAUGACGGACAUCGGCCGGCUUCGCUAUGCAGUCUGCCGUCGAAAUGUGCUUCCAUGGAACGAAGGCUCUUUGAAAGAGCUUCUUGAAGUCCAUUUCAACCAACCAGUAACAUUGGACCAUGAUGUUAAGUUGGAAAAGGCCUUUAACGCGCACAGCUUUCGCCGUAUCACUGGAUUUGAGGUCGACUGGACUGAUAACCUAGCAGACCAUCUGCGUUUGGACGAGGACAAUCGGAGACUAGCCAUAUUUCAUCAUGCGUCGUUUCUGAAAUGCCAGCGAAGCGGGCUCUUUCCUGAAAGGUUUGUGGAGGAGACUGUUCAGACGCUGGCGUUGUUCUUCCCCCAGCUCGAUCGGGAAAUAACAGCAUGGUUGAAAAAAUUGCCACAAACUUUGAACAUUGAUAAGGAUUUGACCAAGUGCGGCCGCCUCAGGCCUCAUGCUCGCCAGAUCGGGAACUUCAAAUUCUGGCAUGACCGCCUGGUGAUGCUCAAGCAAGUAUACGACCAGUCUCAACCAAGGACGCUUUCGCAGUUAUGGUACGACAGGCGCAACGCGCUACAGUGGUAUACUUUCUGGAUUGCAAUCAGUGUGUUCUGGCUCGCAAUUGUGUUCGGCAUGGUGCAAUGCAUCGAAGGCGCAUUGCAGACGUAUAAGGCUUUCAAACCAACUGGCGCCACAAAAACUCAGCUUUGA